AGAGAGAGAGAGAGAGAGAGAGAGAGACUUACAGUUGCAGGUGAGAUGGUGGCGUGGACUUUCUUGUACUGAUUUUCUCGCAGUUCCAGAUCCUGAAACACUCUCGCCCAAGGACGGAAAGACAGCGACCCAUUAUCGCAGGCGCAGAAAAGCUUCGGUUUUUUUGUCCUUUGGAAGACGAAGAAGAAGAAGAAGAAGAUCGCCGGAGAAACGAGGAGAGAGAGAGAGAGAGAGAGGGAGCUUUUCUUGAUUUUCUAGUUUUUUUUUGGCUCGCCCGAGCAUGGCCGCCAACGAGAAACCGCCGCAGGCGUCGUCGUCAGCGGCGUCGUCGUCGGCGAAGCCUCCCGCGCGGCCCACCAUCACUCUCCCCCCGCGCGCCUCCUUCGACUCCUUCUUCUCCAACGGCGGCGCGGGCGCGGGCGCAGGCGGCGGCUCCUCCGCCGGGGUGCUCGGACUCGGCCUGGGCUUCAGCCCCGGCCCGAUGACCCUCGUCUCCAGCUUCUUCUCCGACUCCGACGAGUACAAGUCCUUCUCCCAGCUCCUCGCCGGCGCCAUGGCCUCUCCCGCAGCUCACCGCCCGCCCUCCUCCGCGGGAGAGCCCGCUCCCGCCCCCGCCCCCGCCCCCGCCCCCGCGGUCGCGGGCGGCGACGGGGAGUUCCGGUUCAAGCAGAACCGGCCCGAGGGUUUGGUAAUUUCGCCGCCACCUCCCCUGUCGCCGUUCUUCGCGGUGCCCCUGGGGCUGAGCCCCACCACGUUGCUCGACUCGCCGGGGUUUUUCUCGCCGGGGCCUUUUGGAAUGUCGCAUCAACAAGCCCUGGCACAGGUCACUGCACAGGCUGCACAAGCCCAGUCCCUUAUGCAAAUGCAAAUUGAAUAUACAAACUCAGCAUCUGCAGUGCCUGCGACAUCUCUGGCACAGCCAAUGUUCCAGCAGGCACCAUCUUUACCAGAUGAGAAAGUUGCAGUGACUGAGUCGUCCGAGUUAUCGCCGUCUGAUCUGAGAACACAACUUCCCUUGCAAGUAGAUAAACCAGCUGAUGAUGGGUACAAUUGGAGGAAAUAUGGGCAGAAACAGGUUAAGGGUAGUGAAUUCCCGAGGAGUUACUACAAAUGCACACAUCCCGAAUGCCCUGUCAAAAAAAAGGUUGAGCGUUCUCUUGAUGGCCAUAUAACAGAAAUAAUCUAUAAGGGACAGCACAACCAUCAACGUCCUCUAAAUAAGCGCUCAAAAGAUGCUGUAACUGCUGGUGGUGGUGAUUCACAUGUUCAGGAGCAUCCGCAAUUUACUUCCCAUGUUCAGAGUAGUGAUUUUAACCAAUUAAAGGAUGGUGAACCUUCUAAUUUAAUGCUUAGAAAGGAGCAGGAAUCUAGCCAAUUAACUCCUGAGCAUUUGUCCGGUACAAGUGACAGUGAAGAAGUUGGUAAUUCUGAGUAUGGAGCAGAGGAAAGAUGUGAAGGUGAACCUGAACCCAAAAGACGCAACACAGAAGUUAGGGUUGUGGAGUCUGCUGCUUCACUCAAGGCUGUAAGUGAACCCAAAAUUAUUGUGCAAACAACUAGUGAAGUUGAUCUUCUGGACGAUGGCUACAGGUGGCGGAAAUAUGGGCAGAAAGUAGUGAAAGGGAAUCCUUAUCCAAGGAGCUACUACAAGUGCACGACUCCUGGAUGCAAUGUUCGUAAACAUGUGGAGAGGGCUUCAACUGACCCUAAGGCUGUCAUUACGACGUACGAGGGUAAACACAAUCAUGAUGUUCCGGCUGCCAGAACUAGUAGUCACAGUAUUGCCAACUCUAACAUACCACAGGUUAGGCCACAUCAUGCCGAAGACAAUAGGCACACCUCAAGUGGCAAGACAGAUUUCGCGAAUAGGCCGAUAGCACGCCUACUUUUGAAAGAAGAGCAGAUAACAUAAACUUUUCUGGUUUUGGGAAUAUGACAGAGCAUGAACAGUAGACAACAAAGUGCAUCAAUGGGGAAAAAGAAAAAAAGAUGUAACGUCUGCUAUUUCAGUGAGCCAAUUUAUCGUCAGCAUUCUGUGGCCAUAGUUUUGUUCAAGGCCGAGUGCUCCACUUGAUGAUAUAGAUCAGAAAGAGGGACAAAUGGAAAGGAGCCUGUUUAGGAGCGAGCUUGCGAUGCGUUGUUGUAUGGGUAACUGCCGAGGCAGAGCAUGUUGUAUUUAAAUUUCUUUUCCUACCCUGCAUUCUUUUGUACAUGAAGAUACAAUAGUGAUGCUUUAUAGAAUACAUCAUGUUGUACUUUAUAAUACUACUACUUGUGUGUUUGUUCUUCCCA